AUGACGAUCGUGGAGAUGCAGAUGAACAUCGACUGCGACGGCUGCGAAGACAACGUGAGGAAGGCCCUUCUCAGGCUUCAAGGCGUGCACUACGUGGACGUGGACCGAGCGCGGGACAAGGUGACGGUGACCGGCACGGCGACCCAGAAGAAGGUGCUGCGCGCGGCGCGGCGCACGGGGAAGCUCGUCGUGCUGUGGCCGUCGGCGUACGACCCGGGCUACCACCACGCCUACGCUCACGCUCAGCCGGCCUACUACUCGUACCAGGCCAAGCCCGCCUCCGCCGCCCAUGCGCACCGCUACUACAACAGCGUUCCGCACGGUAGGAGCGGCUACAUGCCGGCGGCGCAGUACGGCAGCGCCAGCUCGUACAACUACCACGUCCAUGGCUACUACGACUCGGACCUCCAUGGGUACUACCACGAGCAGCAGGCGCUGUCCAACGCCGCCGUGCCUGCCGACGAGCGGAGCUACUUCAGCGACGACAACCCCAGCGCCUGCUCCAUCAUGUGA